GGGAUACAGACACAGGUAACUGCACCAGUAUUUUCUCCUUUGUUAUACAUCAUCUAUUGGGGGUUUAUGUGUUUUUUGUCCCAGGCUGCAGCCGUGAUGGGAUCGCGCCAUUUCCCAGCUCGCACCGUGCUGUUCGAGAGGGAGCCGAGCGGAGUGACUUACCGUGUUCCAGCGCUGCUCUACAUCCCCUGUAUGGCAAAGCUGUUGGCCUUUGCUGAGGAGAGGCUGAGUAUUGAUGAUGCCCAUGCAAACCUGCUGGUGCUAAGACGAGGGACCUUCCUCAGGAACUAUGUGGAGUGGGAAGACAUGAGAGCACUGGAGACUGCGACCUUGAAGCACCAUCGGUCCAUGAACCCCUGUCCUGUCUACGAUGAAUUCACAGGCAUCGUCUUCCUCUUCUUCACUGCUGUGCUGGGCAAGACUUCCGAGGCCUAUCAGAUCAUCACAGGCCAGAAUGUCGCCCGCCUGUGCUACGUGUCCAGUUCCGACCAGGGGCGGAGCUGGAGCAAGGUUACUGACCUGACACAGCAGGUCAUUGGCAGGUCCAUCACAGAUUGGGCCACUUUUGCUCUAGGCCCUGGCCAUGGAAUUCAGCUCAAGUCAGGACGACUGCUGGUUCCAGCCUACACUUACCACAUCGACUGCAAGGAGUGCUUUGGGAAGCUCUGCAAGACAACCCCUCACUCCUUCACCUUCUACAGCGAUGACCACGGCCAGAGAUGGCGCUUUGGCGAGUUCAUCCCCAAUCUGCCCACCGUGGAAUGUCAGAUGGUCUCCGUCGAUGAGGAGGAUGGCAGCAAUGUCCUCUACUGCAAUGCCAGGAGCCCCUUGGGCUUCAGAGUGCAGGCGCUGAGCACGGAUGAUGGAGCAGUUUUCCACUUGGGGCAGCUUGUUCAGCGGCUUGUAGAGCCCCCCCAUGGCUGUCAUGGCAGUAUCAUUGGCUUCCCUGCCCCUCUCUUCUAUGCCCCAAGCAGCCCCUAUUCACGGUGGAGCACGCCUUGGUCUAUCAAUGGCCCAGACUGCCUACUGCUGUCUAGAAAAAACACUAGACACUGUUAUCGCCCUCUCUGUGAUAUGGCUGUUGAAAACCCAGCAGCCAUGUCUUUGGGCAGCCAGCUGCAGGACCAUCAACAGCCAGCAGGGUCUAAAGAGCCCAGUCCUUCCAGCAGCCAUUACGAGAUCCAUGAUUCCAUGUCCUCAGCUGUGUCAUGUGGAGGUCAGGAGCAGCCUGAACCAGGAGCUGCUUCCAAAUCCAUUUUCCUCUUCCAGACCCCAACAUGGGUGCUCUAUUCCCAUCCAACAAGCUCCAGGUCGCGGAUCAACAUGGGUGUCUAUCUCAGUACAUUCCCCAGGGAUGCAGAUAGCUGGACAGAGCCCUGGGUUAUUUAUGAAGGCCCCAGUGCCUACUCAGAUCUGGCCUACAUUGAACUGACCUACUCGGAGUUCUCAGCCACUGGGAUCCCAGCCAUAGCCUUUGCUUGCCUGUAUGAAAAUGGGACGAGGUCCCCCUAUGAGCAGAUCUCCUUCAGCAUGUUCACACUGUAUGAUGUGAUUCAGAACAUCCCCCUGAAAGCCACAUCACCAGACCCGAAGCACCACUUGUAUAAGAAAAAGAGGGGGAGGAGUUGUGUCACCUCCUAAAGCUCCAACUCCACAGCACUCAGGAGCUAGAAGUGUGGGAUGGAACUCGCUACACGGUGGCAUGAAGGAUGCCUAAUUAUUUGUAUUCAGACUGAUAGUGGGCCGGAUCCUCAGCUGCUGUAAGCAAGCAUAGCUCCCCUGCCAUGAGUGAAGGUAUGCUGCCUUACACCAGCUGAGGAGCUGACCCACACCUUCAUCAAUGAAAACAUCAAAGGCCCAAGCUGCAGACGCAUAUUCACGUAUCCUACGGAAGUCAACGGGACUAGAACAUGCAUAAU